AUGCCCCCACCCAGCGACGGAGCUCUGCGUGUCGUAACCAAAAUCCCUGGCGAUGGAAUCGGACCGCUAGUCAUGAACGCUGUCGAGAAGGUGAUGGAGGCGAUGCAGGCGCCGGUCUACUUCGAGAAGUACGAUGUCACCGGCAACAUGCCGAGGGUGCCGGAGGAGGUGAUUGAGUCGAUCAGGAAGAACAAGAUGUGUCUGAAAGGCGGGCUGGCGACGCCAAUGGGCGGCGGCGUUAGCUCGCUGAACAUGCAGCUCCGGCGAGAUCUCGAUCUCUAUGCUUCGUUGGUCAACUGCUUCAAUCUGCGUGGCUUACAGACCAAGCAUGGCAACAUCGACAUUCUGGUGAUCAGGGAGAACACCGAGGGUGAGUACUCGGGGCUCGAGCACGAGAUCAUUCCUGGAGUUGUUGAAAGCCUUAAAGCUUGGAGGAAAGCAGAUGCUGCCUGUGGCUUGCCUCGUAAUAGAAGAUCUGCUGCUACAGAGAAGGUGGAAGAUAUAGUUGUGUUGGUAAAUUUCUGUUGGUUAUUUGAUGAUAACUUGAAUAUAUCUGAGUGUAAGCAGCUGUCAAAGGAGGAAAGACAUGAGGCAUGGCACGCUAAAAAGAAAUUGAAGAAGGGACUUUACAAGGGUGAAGUGCAGCAUUCUCAGAGAGUAGCUGCUAUAUCUGGCUCUUCUUCCAAACGUAUGAUGUGA